CCGGGUUUGAAGGCCGGCGUCCCCCCCAGGGCGGCCCCCGAGAUGGUGUCGAUGCUGAAGCGCAACUCGUGCGGGAAGGCGCUGGACAUCGCCCGGCAGGCGCGCGACAUGCUGGGGGGCAACGGGGUGUGCGACGAGUACCACGUCAUCCGGCACCUGCUGAACCUCGAGGCCGUCAACACCUACGAAGGCACGCACGACAUCCACGCGCUGAUCCUGGGCAGAGCCAUCACGGGGCUGCAGGCCUUCACCGCCGGCACGGCCGCCGACAAGCGGGGGUAGGGCCCGGGCCGGCGUCUGCGGUGAGACCGCGGC